AUGGAUCUCCCCCAUUUGUCAUCUCUUUGUAAUACGAACUUUCUUCAAAAANCAGUAGCAGAUGUCUUGGCCGGUUUUGAUGAUGCUAUUGCUGAUGGAGUUGACCUUUUAUCAAUCUCAAUAGGAGGAGGAGCAGUCAAUUUUACUCUGGAUCCCAUUGCCAUUGGUUCUUUUCAUGCAAUGGCGAAAGGGAUAUUGACUUUAAAUUCUGCUGGCAAUUCUGGUCCUUUUCUAGGAUCAACAGGAAGUGUAUCUCCAUGGAUGAUGUCAGUGGCAGCCAGCACCACCGAUCGCCUCUUCAUAGACAGAGUUGUUCUUGGGAAUGGAACGGCAAUAGUGGGAGCUGCAAUUAAUGGUUUCACUCAGAAUGGAAAAAAAUAUCCUCUGGUAAUUGGAGCACAAGUCUCUAGCGAUUGCCCUCCACCGGGUGACUUGUCGUGUUCUGGCACUUGUCUCAACAGCAGUUUAGUAAAGGGAAAGAUCGUUUUAUGUGAACAACCUACAGGAGAUAUCGCAGCUCAUCGAGCAGGUGCUGCAGGAUCGAUCAUUGAAAAUAGCCUGCUUUCCUUUGUCGUUUCUUUGCCAGCAACAUCAGUGACUUCUAGUGAUUACGACAGUAUCAUCGACUAUAUGGAUUCUACAAAAAGCCCUCAAGCAGAAAUACUAAAGACCGAAAUCAUCAAGGAUUCUGAUGCUCCUUCUCUUGCUCUUUUCUCUUCUCGUGGUCCAAAUACUAUUCUGCCUGAGAUUCUUAAGCCAGAUAUAAGCGCACCUGGAGUAGAUAUUUUGGCUGCAUUUUCACCUAUCGCUCCAUUGACCGCGGACGUGGAAGAUAAAAGGCAGGUUAAAUUCAAUAUACUGUCUGGAACCUCAAUGGCAUGCCCUCAUGCUGCUGGUGUAGCUGCAUAUGUUAAAACAUUCAACCCUACUUGGUCUCCUUCCGCCAUCAAAUCUGCUAUAAUGACCACUGCAUUUCCAAUGAAUGAAACCAAAACUACAGACGCUGAAUUUGCAUAUGGAUCCGGGCAUGUCAAUCCAAUAAAAGCUGUAAAUCCAGGACUUGUAUAUGACGCUUUUGAAGAAGACUACAUAAGAAUGCUGUGCAGUGCAGGUUAUAAUGAGGAAACACUUAGACUUGUUACAGGAGAUAACAGCACUUGUCCAAAAGCCUCCGGUAAGGCAUCGCCAAAGGAUCUCAAUUACCCUUCAAUGUCAUCUAAAGUUUCACUAGAAAAGCCUUUCACAAUCAAUUUUCAUAGAACAGUUACAAAUGUCGGUCUUCCAAACUCCACAUACAAGGCACAAGUCUUUUCAAGCUCAGAAGUUGGAAUCGAAGUUGUACCUGAAGUUCUCUCCUUCGAGUCAAAAAAUGAGAAGAAAUCUUUCGAUGUGACUGUUACUGGUAAAGGUGUUACGGUGACUACUAUUUUUUCUGGAUCCCUUGUGUGGUCUGAUGGGGUGCACAGUGUGAGAAGUCCAGUUGCUGUCAUCGCGACGACCUAG